UACUAUACCAAAAUGUCAAAGAUUACUGUCGAGGAUGUGGCAGCUGCCGGAGAUGCUGGCAAGGAUGGUGGCUCUCUAACCAAUGCCGGAACCGCACAAGAUUCACAGGCCAGUUUACUGAGUGAAUUGACCCCCAUGCCACUGGGCAUUUGCCGCAAGCGUCGUGCCGAUGUCAACUCUUUGCCUUUGCGCCAAUAUUUGGAUCAGACUGUGGCCCCAAUACUGCUACACGGCCUACAGGCCUUGGCCAAGGAUCGCCCCAGUGAUCCGAUAAGCUAUUUGGCUACCUAUUUGUUGAAGAACAAAAAUCGCUGUGAUGAGGCAAAGGCUGAACAAGAAUAGAAGAGGAUACACGGAGAAGCUCUCUCUCUCUCUCUCUCUCUCUGACACAGAAACACAGUUUGUUCGAAUAUUGUACACAAUUUAACGUUGAUAUUAUAAUUUAAAACACUUACCAGACAAAUUCUCGUUACACACAUUAUUGUUCACACACACACACACA